CCCCGGGGCGGGGGGCGCGCCGCGAUGGGCCCCAAGCGGCGGCAGCUGACGUUCCGGGAGAAGUCGCGGAUCAUCCAGGAGGUGGAGGAGAACCCGGACCUGCGCAAGGGCGAGAUCGCGCGGCGCUUCAACAUCCCGCCGUCCACGCUGAGCACCAUCCUGAAGAACAAGCGCGCCAUCCUGGCGUCGGAGCGCAAGUACGGGGUGGCCUCCACCUGCCGCAAGACCAACAAGCUGUCCCCUUACGACAAGCUCGAGGGCUUGCUCAUCGCCUGGUUCCAGCAGAUCCGCGCCGCCGGCCUGCCGGUCAAGGGCAUCAUCCUCAAGGAGAAAGCGCUUCGGAUAGCCGAGGAGCUGGGCAUGGACGACUUCACCGCCUCCAACGGCUGGCUGGACCGCUUCCGCCGGCGCCACGGAGUGGUGUCCUGCAGCGGCGUGGCCCGCGCCCGGGGGCGGAACGCGGCCCCCCGGGCCCCCGCGGCCCCUGCCAGCCCGGCCGCCGUGCCCUCGGAGGGCGGCGGCGGCGGCGGCGGCACGACGGGCUGGCGCGCUCGCGAGGAGCAGCCGCCGUCGGUGGCCGAGGGCUACGCGUCGCAGGACGUGUUCAGCGCCACCGAGACCAGCCUGUGGUACGACUUUCUGCCCGACCAGGCCUCGGGGCUGUGCGGAGGCGAUGGCAGGGCGCGCCAAGCCACCCAGCGCCUGAGCGUCCUGCUGUGUGCCAAUGCCGACGGCAGCGAGAAGCUGCCCCCGCUGGUGGCCGGCAAGUCCGCCAAGCCCCGCGCGGGCCAGGCCGGCCUGCCCUGCGACUACACCGCCAACUCGAAGGGUGGUGUCACCACCCAGGCCCUGGCCAAGUACUUGAAGGCCCUGGACACCAGGAUGGCUGCAGAGUCCCGCCGGGUUCUGCUGCUGGCCGGCCGCCUGGCCGCGCCGUCCCUGGACACCUCGGGCCUGCGGCAUGUGCAGCUGGCGUUCUUCCCCCCGGGCACCGUGCACCCACUGGAGCGGGGAGUGGUCCAGCAGGUGAAGGGCCAUUACCGCCAGGCCAUGCUGCUCAAGGCCAUGGCCGCACUGGAGGGCCAGGAUCGCUCAGGCCUGCAGCUGGGCCUCAUGGAGGCCCUGCACUUCGUGGCUGCGGCCUGGCAGGCGGUGGAGCCCUCAGACAUAGCUGCGUGCUUUCGGGAGGCCGGCUUUGGGGGUGGCCCUAACGCCACCAUCACCACUUCUCUCAAGAGUGAGGGGGAGGAAGAGGAGGAGGAGGAGGAAGAAGAAGAGGAGGAGGAGGAAGAAGAAGAAGAAGAGGAGGGCGAAGGGGAGGAGGAGGAGGAGGAAGAGGAAGAAGAAGGGGAGGAGGAGGAGGAAGGAGGGGAAGGAGAGGAGCUGGGAGAGGAAGAGGAGGUGGAGGAGGAGGGGGAUGUGGAUGACAGUGAUGAAGAGGAGGAGGAGGAGGAGGAAGAGGAGAGCUCCUCCGAGGGCUUGGAGGCCGAGGACUGGGCCCAGGGGGUCGUGGGGGCCGGUGGGAGCUACGGGGGCUACGGUGCCCAGGAGGAGGCUCAGUGCCCUACCCUCCACUUCCUGGAAGGCGGGGAGGACUCGGAAUCGGACAGUGAGGAGGAGGAGGAAGGUGAUGAGGAGGAGGACGAUGACGAAGACGACGAAGACGAUGAGGAGGAUGGUGACGAGGUGCCCGUGCCCAGCUUCGGGGAGGCCAUGGCUUACUUUGCCAUGGUCAAGAGGUACCUGACCUCCUUCCCCAUUGACGACAGGGUGCAGAGCCACAUUCUCCACUUAGAACACGAUCUGGUCCACGUGACCAGGAAGAACCACGCCAGGCAGGCUGGCGUGCGGGGUCUCGGGCAUCAGAGCUGA